AUGAUCGAUUAUUUCGUGAAAAAAGUGAAAUCAGAUGAGAUAACACUGAAACCGAUUUGGGGUGAAAUAGGAACCAAAAAUAAAAAUAAGAUUGAACAACGUAGUAAAGUAGGAUACGCCGUCCAAUGUGGCGUCGUUGAAGAUGAUGGAUCGAUUUUAACCGUAAAUCUUUAUUCGGGUGUUCUUCUCCUCAGUAACGAGUCACGAGUCACAUCGCUCAAGCCCAACCCACAACCAUUGAGCAUCGGCGAUUACAACCUCCAUCCGAUCUCCGACCUCCGACCUCCGACCUCCAACCUCCUUGACUUUUUGUCCAGCUGUACUUCUGAUCUUCAUCGUCCUCCUCACUCCUCUCCUCAACUGGGAUAA